AUGAUGACGUUCACCAUACUGCUGCGUGCCGAUUGCAGUCGUGUCGUGAACGCUCGCUUCGUGCUAGCCAUCGCGGCGGUGAUCCUCGCCGUUGCGGAUGCCUUCCAUGUGCGUGUUUCAAUCCCGCUCCGCACCAUCGCGAUCCCACGAAGACUGCCGUGGGCGCGAACGGCUUCAAGCGGCGACACAACCGUCCUCAUGAUGAGCACCGCCACGGCUAGCACCACCACCAGGACUACCCCUGCUGUCACGCCUGAGGCCGCCUUAGACCCCAUUAUCCAAGAGCUGCGAGCAAGGAUUGUGGAAGCCCCGGAACCCUUGGAGGGGAACAGAGAGUCUCAACGGCAUGCCGACAGGGUUAUCUCAACGACGUUCGAAGUCGACUGUGACGGGAACUUGCUGGGCGGCGAGGGGCAAGAGCUCCGACUGGCGAGGGCCCUGGCCCUGGAGACCUUUGUGACGAAAUGA